CGGCCCCUUUUCCAUUCCCAUGGAUCGUAUUACGGGAGACUCCAUCUCCGAGACAUCUGCUCUGCCACUAACAACAGAGCGCGUCUCCGCGUCCCCCCCUCUCCGACCGAUUCCCGUCUCCCGUCGUGUGCUGGCCCCUACUCCUGCCCUCUACCCCCGCGACUGCGCCCUAGCUGCGUUAUUUGCGCUCAACAUGAGGAGCCACCGUGCCUGUGCCCUGCACGUUCUCCAGCGGCUUUAGUUCCAAACGAGACAGCUCCAUCCUUCCCCGGAGCCAACGAACGGAGAGAGAGAGAGAGAAGCGGCGGAGCGACCCGAGAAGCAGCCGGUGGCCCCGAGCCGCACGUUUCUUUUUGUUCUUGCGCUCCGCAGGCUGCUGGCGGCGCGACUUCGCAUCCCCGGAUGGUCAAAACAAGCGUUAAUGAGUGAACAAAGCUGAACACUGGGAUCUGCGCACAGUUUCUACUCUCUUCACUAGCUUUUUUUUUGUUUGUUUGUUUGUUUUGGACACCAUGGAGUCUGUGGAGAAGGAGUGUGGAGCGCUCGGUGGAUUAUUCCAGGCCAUCGUGAACGACAUGAAGACCUCCUACCCUGUGUGGGAAGAUUUCAGUGCCAAGGCCACAAAGCUGCAUUCUCAACUCAGGACCACUAUUCUGGCAGCUGUGGCCUUCUUAGAUGCCUUUCAGAAGGUGGCAGACAUGGCUACCAGCUCCAGAGGUGCCACCAGGGAAAUCGGCUCUGCUUUGACAAGAAUGUGCAUGCGACACCGCAGCAUUGAGACAAAAUUACGACAUUUCACCAAUGUUCUCAUGGAAGGCCUGGUCACACCACUCCAGGACAGGAUAGAAGAAUGGAAGAAGACGGCUAACCAGCUGGACAAAGACCACACCAAAGAAUACAAGAGGGCCCGUCAGGAAAUUAAAAGAAAGUCGUUAGAUACUAUUAAGCUCCAGAAAAAAGCGAGAAAAGAGCUUCUAGGCCGGGGGAACCUGCGCCCCCAGCUGGACAGCGCCAUGCAGGACGUCAACGACCUGUAUCUGCUGAUGGAGGAGACGGAGAAGCAGGCGGUGCGGAGGGCGCUCCUGGAGGAGAGGGGACGCUUCUGCACGUUCAUCAACUUCCUUCAGCCGGUGGUGAAUGUGGAACUUGCCAUGCUGGGAGAGAUAACCCACUUACAAGCCAUUGUUGAUGACCUCACCAUGCUGACCGAAGACCCGCACAAGCUGCCACCCGCCAGUGAGCAGGUAAUUCGGGACCUGAAAGGCUCCGACUACAGCUGGUCCUACCAGACCCCUCCUUCCUCGCCGAGCAGCACCAGCUCCAGGAAGAGCAGCAUGUGCAGCUUGCUUCAGAUGCCCUCAGCGGGAGCGCAUCGGCUUAGCAGCGUCUCCUCCCACGACUCUGGCUUCGUCUCGCAGGAUGCCAACACCCAUUCUAAGCCGCCGUCACCCAUGCCCUCGGAUAUCACCAGCCAGAAAUCCACAAGCUCAGCCUCCUCUGAGGCCUCAGAAACCUGCCAGUCUGUCAGCGAGUGCAACUCUCCUACGGCGUAUGGCUCAUGCUCAUCCUUCGGUACCUUCCGCCCUGCUUUCUCUCACACUGGCACCAUCAGGCCUCUCUCUGUCAUACUCCCCGCGUCCCCCACAUUUAACCACUCACCUGGAUCCAACACUCCUUCACCCACAUCAAAGGUUCCUAGCUGGAAGGAGUGGGCCAAGUCGAGCUCCUGCGAGCCGACGUUGGCCAGCACUCCGCAGCGCAAGAGGGACUCUGUGGAAAAGAUGAGAGACCUGGAGGCUCCGCCUAGUCCACAGGGAUACUCCGGGAUGCAGCCAGGUGAUCCGCACAGAGCGAGAAGUGGCCCAGGAAUUAUUACAGCCAAGCAUGGAGAGCCCCUGUCCCCAGCAGCCAGCACGCUGGCCAUGGUUCUCACCAGAGGCCUGAGUAUGGAGCAGCAGAAGAGCAGCAGGGACUCUCUGCAGUACUCCAGCGGCUACAGCACGCAGACAAACACCCCGUCCUGCUCCGAAGACACGAUCCCAUCUCAAGGUUCUGAUUAUGAGUGCUACUCGCUCAACGGGGAUGUUGACAACGAGGGGCAGCCAGACUUUGACAAGUCCUCCACCAUCCCACGCCAUAGCAACAUUGCUCAGAACUACCGGCGCAUGAUUCAAACCAAGCGGCCCGCCAGCACAGCAGGUCUGCCAGCAGGUAGGAGCCUGCAGGGGACUCCUAACGGCGCCAGGGGAGGCGGCCCUGGCGCCGUUUCCUCUGGGACGGCCACCAUCCGCAGGACGCCCUCCUCCAAAACCGGAGUGAGACGCACACCGUCCACGUCUGGCCCCAUUCCCAUCCGGCCGCCGAUCGUGCCAGUCCGAACCCCCACAGUCCCGGACUCUCCAGGGUCUGCUAGCCCGUCCCCACACCAUAUGGGUGGUGAAGAGUUUCUGUACGGCGAUGACCCGUCUGCCGGGGACUACAUGAGGGCUUCUCCAAAGCGGAUGAGUCUUCCUGAUACAGCUUGGGGUUAUGGAGGAGGAGGAGGAGGAGGAGGAGGAGGAGGAGAAGUGGACAGGACUGCGUAUGCCCAGCAAGCUCCCAGCAUGUCCGCCCACACAGCUGAGGAGGACCCUCAGCUCGCUGCCAACCGUCACAGCCUGGUUGAGAAGAUAGGAGAGCUGGCAGCCAGCGCUCACGCCCUGGGUGAAGGUCAGUACCCCUUCCCCAGCUCACUGCCGGGGGAGGCGGCUCAGCGUCCGCCCCAGGAGCCGUCCUCUGUUACCCGGGAGGACGUGGAUAUGUUAAAGACCAUUCGCCGCGGGGUGAGGCUGCGCAAGACUCUAACCGACGACCGGUCGGCUCCCAGGAUCCUUCGGUAAUCCGCGGAGGGGAAAGCGCUUAUUCACAAACUGAAGCACUCAUGAACUGAGAGGCACGAUGAACACGGGGUGGUCAGUGAAGUAUGUUAUUUUCAUGUCAUGUAUGUAUUGCGUUCGUACAAAGUAAUCCGUUUUCUUUUCGUUGUCAUUUUUAUUUUUUUCCGUUUUGAGCUGCGUCGCUGUGCGUCUCCGCUUCAGCCCGGUUCGUCCCCGUGUGCAACACAGCACACUGCUGAAUGCUCUUACUAUUAAUACUUCUGUGUGCAUUUCUCAGUGACCACAGCCGCCUGUCAGUGGAAAGUGGGUGGCGGAGUGCUCGGUGAGCCCGUCUCAUUUCUCAUCAUUAUACGGCCCAAGUUACAUGUUUUAUUUCGUAAACUGGACAGCAGCUGUGUAAUUUCAUGUAAAGACAGAAGCGCCACGCCGGUGUUUAUAUUGCUGUACUGUACUGUCGAUAUAUUCUGCAAUUAAACUGGAUUUUUACUGAAAAACA